GCUGUAUUUAUCUGUGUUGAGACAUUCAACGGAAUUUAAAUCCUUGGCAUAUAGAGAGAUUGUAUGAGAUUAAAGCCUUGUGUGAAAGUGGAGCGCUGAAGGAGAGAAGUAGCUGGAAAAGAGGGAGGUUAUCGUAAGUUUUGGUUUAUUCUGUGUUGUUGAUCUGAAUUUGUGUUUGCGCCCGGGAUGUUGGGCACGCUGAACAGGAUACUGAGACCUGCGUUGAAACCGGCUCAGUAUCUGUCUGGUGUCAGAUACGCGCAGCGGAUCCGUGCAUGCGCUGCGCGUUCAGCAACUUUUCAGUUACUUGAAGACUGCCUUGUGCUCAACUAUGAGGGGACGCCGAUGCAUUUUAAUUACGUGUGGCUGCGGGACCACUGCCGCUCUGCCUCUUCAUACAACUCAAAGACUAACCAGAGAAACCUGGACACCGCGAGCAUAGACCUCACAAUCCGUCCUGACAAUACAAGUGUUGAAGAUGGCCAUCUCGUGCUCACAUGGCCUGAUGGUCAUGUGUCAAAGUACAGCCUCAGCUGGCUGGCUGAGAACAGCUAUGAAGGACAGAAGCAGAGAUCCGUCCAGCCACACAUCCUGUGGAAUGCAGACAUCUAUAAAAAUGCAAACAUACCUUCUGCCAAAUGGGACACGUUUAUGAGCUGUGAUGAUGAAUUAAAGAAGUUUCUUCAAAAUUAUCUUCUGUAUGGGAUCGCUUUUGUAGAUGAUGUCCCCGCUACAGUUGAGGCCACAAAGGCAGUAUCCCAGAGGGUCAGUCUAAUCAGGGAAACUACAUAUGGAAGAAUGUGGUGUUUUACUUCAGAUUUUUCAAGAGGAGACACUGCCUACAGCCAGCUGGCCCUGGACCGCCACACUGACACCUCAUACUUUCAGGAACCAUGUGGAAUCCAGGUGUUCCACUGCCUCAAGCAUGAGGGAACUGGGGGAAGGACACUACUUGUAGACGGGUUCUACGCUGCAGAGAAAGUACGACAGCAGUCUCCUAAAAACUUUGAGCUGCUUGCCCAUGUGCCCAUCAGGCACGAGUACAUCGAAAACACAGACAACCACCGAAACCACAUGACAGGAAUCGGGCCUGUGCUCAAUGUCUAUCCUUGGAACAAUGAAAUGUACCUGAUCCGAUACAACAACUAUGACCGAUCAGUGAUAAACACAGUCCCCCAUGACGUUGUUCAGCAAUGGUAUGUGGCGCAUCGAGAGUUGACAACAGAGCUAAGGCGACCAGAGAAUGAACUGUGGGUGAAACUGAAUCCAGGGAAAGUGAUUUUCAUAGACAACUGGCGUGUCAUGCAUGGGAGGGAGUCUUUCAUGGGCCUGAGGCAGCUCUGUGGAUGCUAUCUGACCAGAGACGAUGUCCUCAGCACUGCACGCUGCUUCGGUCUGCAGGCCUGAUCCUUACACGAAGCUCCCUUCAUGGCGUUGAAUUAAAUUUGCACUGAAAGUCUUCUUUCUUCUCACACCCGGUGCCUGUUGUACUUUAUUCAUCCUUAUUCAUUAUUUUGUAAUUGAUGUUUAUUGAUUGUUUUUGAAUAGCAGCAAUCCAUCCAAAGGUUGAGAUAUUUCAUCUGGACCCAAGCAGUGGACCAACAUGCCAUCCAGAGGACCAUGUUGCUAGGAUGUCUAUAAAGAACACUUUCUUCAGAGGUGACAAAGAUGAUUUUGUACACCUGAAUAGAUUUCAGACUUAUACCUUUUAUCAUAAAAAAAAAAAAACGUUUUCAUCUUAAUUUCUGAAUUUUUCCACCUCCUAAUUGUAAAACCAUCCUAGGGCCCUGAUUAGCCAUUUUCAUAAUUACAAAAAUAACACGCCCUAAGUGGGUUAAGGUGGUUGACUUCACACUUCUUGGUAGGGUGAUGGUGUGUCUGGUAAGUGUGAGUUUCAGGCCAAACAAGUCCCUAACAAGCUCUGCUCAUAGCUAAGGUGUAAUCUGUGUAAGACUAUUUAAAAUGAAGGUGGUGUAAGGAUACUGCCUAUUUGGCUCCAUAAAGCUCCUCAAAUCAAGGAAACAUAUUGAAGGUUAUCUGUGCUGGCUUCACACCAGCCAAAUAAUAAAAUAAAAUAAUACUCAAUAAUAAUAAUUAUAAUGGAUACUAGCUUAGCUUUGGUAGAAGGGUACCCAUGUUGUUUUGCAAUACAUGUAUGUAUUUGGUUGUGCCUAAGAAGAAGCUGUUUGAUAUUUGCAUUUAUUAAUGGGGAAGUAAAUAAUGUUUACUUUGCAGUGCACAAUGUCCAUAAUUCAUCUGCAGCUGUUAGUAAAGUGGGUGAUCAAACCAAUGA